AUGGAGCACAAUACUGUACCAAACGGCGUAUCCCCCAUCGAACGUUUGCCACCUGAGAUCCUCCAAAAAAUACUGUCUCAUAUAGGCGAAGCAUUCGAGCACGCCUUCCUCCACGAAGUAUAUUCGGACAGCAUCACUAGCCUUCCAUAUGGGGACAUCCUGGGCCUUCUUGUGGUCUCUCAGCGCUGGCAUAAUGCCGCAACAGCCGUUGUUGAACUCUGGACGUGUAUACCCACCCAUGCGCCUUCGGAGACGAUCGACACUUUCGUUCGGCGAUCCGGACAACGACCACUUUACUUGGCGAUAGACAGUACGCGCGGCUCCUGGGCUCCGCGGUCGAGGGAGAAACAGAGACAGCUUCUGCACCUGAUGCCCCGAGUGAGAGGGUUCAUCUGGCAGAAGAGGGGUGUCGAAGGUGAAUCAGAAAUGGAGAGUUCAGACGACGAGGAGGUUGAGCCUGCAGACGCUGCGCUAUCAGUUGCGGAGAUAUAUACCAUCCUAUCUGCUGUUGCCGCACCGCUUCUCGAGAAGCUAUAUCUCGACCUAAAGAGCACGGAUCGAGACUUCGAUUCUUUUCUGCCCACGUUAUUUGCCGGGGGGGCGCCACCUCGGUUGCGCGUCUUGGAGGUCUUCGACCAAAAACUUGCGAAGUCGAAUCCCCUCUUGAAUAGCCCUCUUACCAACCUCCACCUCAUCGAUGUUUACGAUGUCUGGAACGACGGCAGAGAUAUGGCCGAUACGCUAUCUCGAAUGCAGCAACUUGAACUUCUCAGACUGGAUCAACGUCCGGAGAGCUCCUUCUUCACAUUCGACUCGGACGACCCACCCUCAGCCAGCGCGCCGGAACAUACAAUCGCUUCUCUUCCUCGCCUGUCACUGCUCGACAUAACAGAUCGCAUUUCCUCCGUAAGCGAAGUACUGGAACACAUUGCAUUCCCUUUGGAGUGCCUGAUCUCCAUCGAAGCCAAGGGAACACACGACGGAGAAGGGUCCAGCGGGGAGGAAAAGAGAGUCAACUUGGAGAGCCUCAUGGAUGCUCUUAACGCUCACUAUAAGCCCGCUUUCGACAGCGGCAUGUCUUUCCGCGCAGCCCACGUGCUACUACGUGACAGGAGGGACGAUCGACUCUUUCUCCAGGCCUCACAUCUCUGCAAGAUCGAAGACUCCCCGUUCUCGUCCGGAGACGUGGACAUCACCGAUAUGGACCUUGUCUACGGGAAAGUCGUCAAGGACACGCGCCUCACUCUGGGCAUGGUAUGGGACCUACCAGACAUCCCAGACGUCUCCACCUCCCGAGUUGUAUUCGAACAGCUAUCCGCUCUGCAAGGCUUAGAGGGGUUGAGCAUGAGCACGUCCAAUAGCCAACGUUCGCGUCAAGCUCUACCGGACUUCCUCGUACACUUCCCAACGUUCAAUGCUCUCAUCGCGCGUCAAACAAGGAUUCGAUGGCUUGAGAUGACCCACUAUCCGGCGUGGGCGUUUUCCCGGACGCCUGAGAGAAUACUCUCCAUUUUCCAUCCCCAGCUGGAGGUCAUCUGCAUAAAGAACGCGGCUUUCACGCCUGUGCCGGCAAACAGUCCCACGCAGGCCGUUCCUAAUACUCUGAACGUCGAUCGCCUCGAGGCUUACCUCGCUACACGCGCGAGUGCGGGUCGCCUGCGCAUGUUUCACGUACGCAAGUGCAUCAUCGACGACAGCACGAUGGUUUCACGGUUGAGGGAGGCGGUUGGAGAGAGUAGAUGGACAUGGGAUGGCAAGAUAUUGGGUUGGUCUUAA